CUAUGAUUCACUUUUCAACACAACUACACCAAGAACUUGCUUUAGUGAUUAAACUUUCUUUUUCAACAAAUCUCCCAACAACAAAUUAAGAAAACAUGUCUUGCAGCGGAGGAAACUGUGGCUGUGGAUCUGGCUGCAAAUGCGGCAGUGGCGGAGGAUGUGGGAUGUACCCAGACUUGGAGAAGUCCACUACCUUUAUUACCAUCAUUGAGGGUGUUGCUCCCAUGAACAACUUUGUGGAAUCAGGAGAGAAAGCAGCAGAAGGAGGAAAUGGGUGCAAGUGUGGAUCAAACUGCACCUGUGACCCUUGCAAUUGUUAAGAUAAUCCCACUCCAAAAACUGCAUUGUGUCUCUGUAUUAAAUGUGUUUUCUAAAAGUUAUUGUAAUUAAUAACAAUAAAACUACAACCAUGGAACAGAUCAUGAUCAGUUCUUAGGUUUGUGUGUUGCUGCUGUGACGUGGCUUUUCUGUUUGUUGUCAAUAUACUAUAUAAGUUUGUUUGUGUCUUUAUUAA